CUAGUCUGGAACACAUCAGGUGUUUCCUAUGCUUCAAUUUGCCUUGAUCCAUUGACUCUCUUUCUAUGGGAAUGAUAACAGAGGUGAAGUUUUAUUUUUACUACUUGGAGGUGCAGUACUGUUGGAUAAUUAUCAGUAUAACUACAUAGUGUUUGAACCCAGUGUAGUCAAAAUGAAUCUGUAAGGUGCCAGGCUGUUUUUGUUUUCAGUGCUGCCCUAGGAACUGGACCAUACAUCUUUACAUGUUCUGUUCACUAAAGUGAAGGGUGGGGUAUUACCGCCUUUCAAAUUCCAGCCUUCUGAUGGAUUCAGCCGUACCUUUUUUAAAAGCAUUUUUUCCAUGACCUGUACCCCUAAAGCUGCGCCCCCAGGAACAGACCCUCAAGGUGUCUACAUAUGAAAUACAACCCGGUAAUAAGUAAUGCAGAUUUUGGAUUAUAUCAAUCUUCCAUUUUAACGAGUUACACAUGAUGUUAAAGGAGAUGAAGGGCCGAGCAGUGAUCAUCGCCAUAUCGGAAUUCCACCCCAGGCAUGGAGAAGUGGGGAGUCUAGAUCAGCGCAAGGGGGUGAAACGCGACGUCAACCGACUAUUCAAGGUCCUUUCUCGUCUGGGUUACAAAGUCUCCCUACACAUGGAUGUCAGUGCCAAGGAGAUAAAGGAUAUCUACCAGAAAGAGAGCAAGAUGCCACAAGGGGAGAGCUUCAUAAGCAUCCUGUCCAGCCAUGGCAACGAGGGGCUCAUUUACGAUUUCUAUGGGACACCAGUUUUACUAAGGGAUCUGUACGACAUCUUGGCACCAAACAACAGUCCGUUGCUGGCAGGGGUCCCUAAGCUUUUCUUUGUACAGGCUUGCCGUGGGGAGCAGUUUGAUGAAGGGGUGUUCCUAGAGACAGAUGGGGACACUUGCGCUACAGAUGCCUUCUCUCUAAGUCUGAACCUGCCCAGAGACUCUGUUCUAAUGUUUGCCAGCAGUGAAGGACAUGUGGCUUUUCAGAACCCAGGCGGCUCUGUCUUCCUACAGACUCUCUGUAACUUGCUGGAGGGUGAGGAAAGGAACCUUGAGCUUAACCGGAUCCUCACCCGUCUUGCCCACAUGGUGGCCUACACAUUUCAGAGCCAAGGACAAUAUGGAGGGUUCAAAGAAAUGCCCUGCUACACCACCAACCUUACACGAGAACUAUAUCCCUUCAGGCAAUCCUAGCACAUGUGUUCCUUGACUAUACGGAUUGCACAGGCUGCCAAAGAUUGUUCCCUUCUAUGAAAGGGAUGUGCAAUAUUCUGGCUCUUCAGCUCCCCAAGCAUGACAUCCCCUAACAGUCCGUUACCUUGAACAGUACCUUGAUGCUCCAUCUGCAACUUGAAUUUUACUGGUCCAUUCUAUGGGACAUAGUUUACAGGCAUUAUUUAUUUAUUGACGUUGCACAAUUUAAUGUAUUUAUUUUGAGCUGUAUAUAUGUGUGUAGAAUUCAACUAAUGUUUAUAGUUAUAUAAGUAAUAAAAUUAUUUUUGUACAAGUUGA